GCCAGAUUGUCAAAGUGUUUACUGUUAACUAUGUCUACAUGCAAUACAGACAGUCGUACAUGUAUAAUGAGGUCGAUAUUUAGAUAAUGUCGUUAAUCUCAUAAUUGAAAACUCCCUUCUCAGCAAAAUGGUCAGUUUUCAUAUAUUUCUGAGGAGUAUCUUACUAUUUACAAUUAUUAGUCAAACGCAGAUAUCAGCCGAUGAGGAUCAGUAUGUACGACCAGCUGCUGUUGAACGUGUCGGCGAUGUGACUAUUGUUACAUUCAAAGUGGGUGACCACGAGGCGAAAUUCGAAGUACCAUCUGCGGUAGUUACACCUGAAGGUUUAGCCGGGAAUAUAUUUAAGUGUCUAGUGAAUGGAGGGAAAAUCGUGACUACUGUUCUAGGUGUGAAAUGCAAAGGAAAAACACUUACAACAUCUACAACAACAACAACAACAACGACGACGACGACAACAACAACAACACCACCAACCACCACCACCACCACUCCUAAACCGACUACCACUAAACCUAGGAAAACCACGAAACCCAAGAGAAUACCUGAAAUGGAGGAUGGAAUACCACAACUUCAAGGUUUAAUAUGUGCCGAUAUUGUAUUUGUUUUUGACAAUUCCUGUUCUAUGAGAAAACACUACAAAAAAGACGCACUUAAUCUUAUCCAAAGCAUUGUCGAUGGUAUCACAUUGGAUCCAUGGGUCGGUGCAUGUGUAGGUGCAGUCGUGUACGAUGGUGACGUCACGCAUCAUAUACCGUUUGAGUUUGAAGACCACGAAGGGUCGUCAAAGAACUUUAGCUCAAGGUUGAACACUCUAGGGAAUUCCCGGCCAUCUAUAUGCAGAACAAAAACUUGGAUUAGUUUUGAAUUUACUAAUAAAGAAUACUUUACGUUUCCUAAUGACCGAUAUGAUAUGUACUAUCAUGACGCCAUGAUCGUUGUCGGAGACGGAAAAACUGCACCAGGACGAAGAAAGGAUGAAACGUUAAGAGCAGCCCAGGAACUGAAAGAUAACAACGUUACAAUAAUGUGGGUACAAGUACCUCAUAAAAUACAAGAAAAAUCUGAGCUAAGUUUGGAUAUUGAGAUUAAGAAGGUUGUUUCAAAAACUAGCAUGAUUUAUUCAAUCUUGGAUGUUGAAGCUGCGAAAGAUGGUAUACUGAUGCAUCUAAACAAUUUGUUUUCUUGUUUAUAGUCAUAUGGUGUUGUUGUUAUUUAAUUCUUUUAUUGUAAUAAAUAGCCACUACAUAACUUGUUGUAUAUUUGCGGUUA